AUGCCAUCAUCUAUGCCCUUUCUUCCUCCUGAUAAAAGCACAUCAGCACCUACAAUCCCGUCUCAUACCCCAAAUGAAUCAUCAGAGCCUCCCAAACCCACAACAACACAUAGCACACCAACUCCUCGCAAGCGUACUCGUGCAACGCCUGAACAACUUGCAGUAUUAGAAAAGACUUUCAGCACCAAUCCAACACCCAAUAGCCGUGUACGUGAACAACUUGCAAAUGAGCUUGGUAUGCCAGAUCGCUCGAUCCAAAUAUGGUUUCAAAAUCGUCGUGCCAAAGUGAAAAACAUGGCGAAACGGUCAUCGAUGCUUCACAAUGAAACGGUGCGUAUGCAGUAUUACGCAGCUGCAGCUGCAUCAGCAGCGUGUCAAGCAGCUGCAUUCCAUCAACAACAAAUGGGAUCCAACGACAGAGCUAUGAACACCCCUGAUCUUUACUACUACUAUUAUUAUUACUAUUACAAUCAACAACAGCAAUAUAGACAAUACACAGGCAAUCAUACACCUUCGCCAUAUGCACCACCACCACCUCCUAUGAUGGGAGAUUUGGGAUCGACACCACCACCUCCACCAGCAUCCUCUUCAAUUCCCACCAUCCCACUUCCUCGACAUCGACGUGGUUUGAGUGAAAGUGCCACUACACCAAAUUGUAGUCCACAUCGCUUACGUGCACAUUCACUUGGACCCUAUCCUUUACCAGCCAACCAUCAUCAUAAUAGUCAUCACAUGUCACGCCCAAUGUCUGUGGAUCCUUUAGAUCCAACCCAGAAUCGAAGCAGAAGUUACACAUCUCCAGCUGCACCACCAUGGCCUGCCUUAUAUGAACAAUCACCAUCACCUUUCAACAAUGCUGCCCCUGCCAUUCCAUCUAAUACUUCAAGUAGUAUUGGCAGCAAUACCAAUAGCGGCGAUGUUGAUCGUUUUUCAGCCGAAGCUCUUCAAAUUGGUACUUGGCGACGUAUGACUCUGCAGCCUGAAGAUAUGGUGUGUAAUUUUGAUACCCAGCGUCGCAUGAUGGUGUGGACUAUUCGCAAUGGUGCACAGCAAUUUAAGAUGGAAUUUCCUUUUGAUACCAUUCUUCAAAUAAGCCUCGAGCCAAUAUUAGAGCGUCUUGGUUGGGCACGUCUUGAGUUUCGGUUAGCUCAACCUGAAGGUGUUGCCUUUUACAUGAUGCAGGAUCCCACCAGCUAUUGGACACAAUGCCGCGACUUUACACAAGAUAGCCAAGCUACCAUUGUGAAUAUACAUCAAUUGGAUGGACCUGCUAUGCCAUUGCAAGCUGAGAUUCAACGACUCGUCAGCAAUGACCCACAUCUCCAAACGGUAUUUGUAGACUCUUCUACCGAAAUGCUGUCAUUGUUUGGGAACUAUACCAAAGAAGAUGAUCUCUUGCUUUUUCAAGGAAUGCAACAACAAUGA